GGGGAAAGGGGGGUAAAACGUACCACUGUUUAAUUCGUACCACCGAAAAUUUUCAUAUUUAGAAAUGGUCUUUAAAAAUAAAAAACCUGGCAUAUUGACCUACAACUAUAGCGUCAUCAUUCAUGUUAAUUUUAUGGAGCUUAAUCAAAAGACACCAAAACGGGGCAGAGCUUCAACCUGGUCCCCGGAGGAUCUUCAGAAAGCCUUAGAGGCAUUGAGGAAUAAAUAUGGUCUCAAUGAAGUGUCUAGACUUUACGGUUUACCUAAACCAACUCUAAAAAGACACUUAGAUGGAAAAAACAAGUUUGCGAAUGGGAAUGUAGUACAAAGAGGUAGAAUGACAGUUCUCCCAGCAGAGCUUGAGAAUGAACUUGUCAGUCACAUCAAUCAACUGGAAGGAAUGCUGUUCGGCCUGACCAGAAACGAUAUAAGAUGUCUUGCAUACCAAAUAGCAGAAAAAAAUGGCUUGUCUCACAGAUUUAAUAAAACAGAAGGAAUGGCAGGAAAAGACUGGUUUAGAGAUUUUAAGAAACGUCACAAUCUGAGCUUGCGACAACCUGAAGCAACAUCUCUUGCGCGUAGUACCGGUUUUAACAAGAUAGCAGUUAAUAGAUUUUUUGACAAACUUGAAAGCAUCAUUACAGAAAAUAAAUUAGAUGCUCUUAAGAUCUUCAAUACCGAUGAAACAGCGCUCUCAACUGUCCAGAAAAAACAGCAAAAAGUGGUGAGCUUGACAGGAAGGCAUCAGGUGGGGAAGUUGACCAGUGCAGAAAGAGGUCUUACCACUACAGCAAUAUUUUGCGCUAAUGCAGCAGGAAAUGCUAUUCCACCUAUGCUUGUCUACAAGCGAAAACGGAUGUAG